AUGGACGUUCAGAGCUAUGAAGAUAUAUUCCCUAUUCACGACAAAGAAGAAAAUAAAUAUACUCCAAUAGCCCGUCCCUCUAAGCAAAAAAGCAAUCAAAAAAAGCAAAUCCCAAAGGUAACCUCAUCCCCAUUUGAAGAAGAAUUCCUUUAUUCCUAAAAAGAGAGAUAAAAUGGUGACUUGUCCCUUUUUGAAAUAGGCCUUCGGGUUUGGAGAUGCAUUGCUGAAGAGGAAAGCUUUAUUUCUCCAGAGAAGAUUUUCCCAGUCACUGCCCUUUGCAUACUGCAUGGCCUUUCCUCAUCGGGGGACUAUCGGGGCACUCUGCAGGCAGUGGCUCUGCACCAGAGAGUUGAUCACUUGGACAUUUCAGGUCAGAAAUCCGAAAUAGCGACAUUUUGUAGCCAAGAUUUCCUAAGAGUCCACUUAUGGCCAGCAUAAUUGUUUAAUUAUAUUUUAUUCCUCAAAAGAAGAAAAUGCUAACAGAACACAAACAGUUUCUGUAAAUAAACCUAAAAUUUAUGAUAAAAAUACAAAUACAUUUAACUGCACCUUAAUACAAGCAGCAACAAAUAUUAUCUGAGGAGAUGAUGAAAGCGAAGACGAGAAUUCUCUUUUAAAUAGAUCUAUGAGGUAUUCUUAAUUUAGCUAUUCUUUCGAAAUCAAUGAUCCAAAUGGCAAAAGAAGAAGCCGCUCCAUAGCUUCUCCUCGAGAAACUCGCAGAAAUUCUCAAAAAAUGUUUAUAUCAGCCGCGCAUAAAAAAGUGCAAGUUAUGGACCCAGAACAAAUAAUGAAAGACGGGGUUAGAAAAAUUUACAGCGGUGUCAAGCUUGACCCAGAAGAAGAAAGAGUUUUAUCAAGAUUUAAGUAUUUUUUGGGUCUGUCUAAUGAUGAGGACAAGAUCCCAAAUUCUAUAUUUGAAGGAGAUUUAUUAGGGAGAACUUGCAAAAAACUCAUGCAACAAAAAACGCAAAAAUGCAAAAAUCAAUUGUUUUUUUGCAAAAACUCAUGCAAAAAAACCACAACAAAAAUGCAAUAUUUUGCUUUUUUAGUUUUAACAAAAAAACAUUUUAUUUUUGCAAUUUUCUAUUUUUUCAAUGUCUCCAAUUUAUUAGCUUUAAAGUGCUUAAAUGCUACUGGAAGAGAUUUCCAAAAAACAUUAGAAAGGAUAAAGUCCAUAAUUGAAUGGGAAAAUAAAGAAAUUUCGAUUGAUGAAGAAUCUGAGAAAAUACUAGUAACUAACUAAUUAGAAUUCAGGCAUGAUGUAUUCCUUUGGUAGAGAUAAAGACCUGAGACCAAUUAUUGUUAUCAAUAUGAAGAAAAUCAAGGACUCAAAAAUUGAGAUGCAUGCGCUGGUUAAAGCUUGCCAUAUUUUAUUAAAGUAUAUAAAAAAUAAGUUACUUAUACCUGGAAGGGUAGAAACUUGGCUACUGAUUGUUGAUUUAGACAAGAUGAAUGCCUUUAGUUACCCAAGGUCAAAAAUCAAGCACAUAAUUGAUGAAAUGUCGUUAUAUUAUCCAUGCAGACUUGAUAAAAUGAUCAUGAUAAACACUCCAAAACUUAUCAGGGUUUUGUGAAAAGCCUUGAGCUUGUUUUUCACGAAAUCAUUUUUGAAGAAAGUGAUCUUAAAAAAUAAAAAUUAUAAGGAUGAAUUACUUAAGAUUGUACCGAGAAAUCAGCUGGAGUGUAAAUAUGGAGGAAUAUGCUCUGAAAAAGUUGAGAAUUUUUUUCCUCCAAGAUAA